AUGAAUUCGGUUUUAAUAUUUUUUACACUAGUAGCGACUUUAGUUACCUGCAACAGGUACUACAAUGAUAUGGUCAGGUUGGCUAAUUUUAGCUACUACAACUCUUUUGAGGAUACCAUUGAGUACGUAAGACAGCUUGAUCUGAUUGCAGACAAGUAUUUACAGCUGAUUAAGAAAAUGGACAAUGAUAUAUCUUUGGAACUUAGAGAAUCUUCGAAUUACGACUUAAAGUCGAGUAGUGAUACAGUUAACAAGACUGGAGCUAAUAUCAUUAAUAAGAUGCACGCUCGCCAGAUGAUCGUUGACUUGCUUAUGUACCAAGUGCAUUACGCCUACAGGAUGUACCAAACCGCCUGUGCCAAGUAUAAGGGAGAGACUGUGAACAGAUUGUUUGAGGAUCUGAACUUCAGUUUUCCUAUGAACCGCAUGGUCAUAUAUGAGUGGGUCAGGCAGAUGGAGCUCAAUGUCAGGAAAAUCAUGGAAUUAGAAGAAUUAGAGAAUCUCUCAGAUGGAUGGAAGGAGGUAAGGGAAUCGAUAAACACUAGCCCUGUCCAGAACUCUAACCAGGAGCCAACAGAUACAGCAACUACACCUGAAACAGCUACAACAUCAACAACUGGUACAACUACCCCAGCAACCACAACUGGUACAACAACUCCAACAGCUACACCUGAGCCAACUAUUGCGGAACAAGUAAGUAAACCAGCUGGAACUUAA